AUGCAUCCUGAGAUCGAACGAGCUUCUACCCCUUUGGUAGCUAGAAAACGUCAGUCCAACAAGCCACUGACAGAAAGAAAACGUCGGGAGAAGAUCAACAAUUUCCUCAGUCAACUUAAAACCCUCAUUCUCCAAAAAACAGACAGGCAGGAGAAUGAACACUGCAGACUGGAGAAAGCCGACAUCCUGGAAAUGACUGUGCAGUAUCUACAAAAUGAUACCACUUCAGGAACUUCCAAGACAUUGGACUACACAACAGGGUUUACUCGCUGUCAAGAGGAGGUUUUCCGACUUCUCAACCAGGAUGUAACUGUUAGUAGUGAUGUUAAGAUGAGGUUGUUCUGUCACCUGUCCAGGUUCCAGAAUGUUUCAUCCCAUCAGGCGCCAGCCUACAGUGUAGACCAGUCCCCAGCCAACCUUGUCAGUGAAUAUACCUGUCCAGUCAUGUCCAGCUACAGCACACCUGGUCAUUCCAUGUACACAACUGACCUUCACAGAUCUGUCUCUGGUCAUCAGUGGUCACCUGGUCAGACCUCAGCUGUUUCCAGUCCAACCCUUGACCAGUCUUCCAUCGACCCUGCCUCCUCCCUACCAAUGUGCACUCCAAAUGGAUUCAACAUGUCCAGCAUGGAAUGGUUCAGAGGAUAUUCCGAAUGGAAUCACUCUAGUCCAGAUGCCAAUUCUGUCAGUCCAGACCUGAGUACAGCAGGAGUGUCCGAGAUUUCUAGAAUCACUUCCCAGGACAGUGUAUCUAUGACCAGUGACAGUUCCAGCUCAUCCAUGUGGAGACCGUGGUGA